AGGAAGAAACAUGUUUAUUCUCUUUCUUGCAAAGUCAUAUAUACAAAGAGCGCAAUCUCCGGUUCAAAGUUCUGUGUCUCUGCAAUCACCCUAAUGGGGGGUGGAUUCAAACUACGACUCUCUCGCAUGUUCCGCUCUUCAUUCGGGUUGUGUAGGUCCCGAAGCGCGGCCGUUUUGAUCGAAAAGCAGGUCUUCAUCUCUAAAACCCGCAAUGAUUUCCAUCCAAUUGAGCCUUUGUCACCUAAAGAUCAAAGUUUGUCAUCCAUAUCUACACCCAGAAUGGAAUCAUCUUCAGCUGAUGGUUUCGCGACAAUGGAGAUGUUGCAGAGUUCGGAAGUGAUGGAACGAAGCGAAUGUGUCGGCUUUGAUGAUUCCAAAGGAAGAACUUGCCCCCCUGCAUCACCCGCUUCGCCUUUGAAUUCGUAUUACAAGCUUGAGGAGUUCGAACCAAAAGGGGGGAAAAUUAGGUCAAAGGAGACGAAAUCGAAGAAGACCCAGAGGUCGUCAAUCAGAAAAAAAGGAAGAUUUCAUUUCGAUUCUUCAUCAGGAGAAAGUGAUAGUGGGUGGUUCAGCACUGAAGAGUCUGGAGAUGAGGCCGAGACUUUCUUCUCUUCAAAGAGUUUCUCCUCUGAUUCUUCUGAAAUUUACCGCCGGAACGAGAAUUUUCACCAGCAAAUAGCUGAAGUUCGCCGGAGAAGAGAUUCGAGAAGGAAUUCUGAAAUGGGUCAUGACCCAUUUGAUUCAGGAGGCAUAGUUAAAGAAAGCAUCGCAGUGGUGAAACGGUCUAGCAACCCGUACAAGGAUUUCAAGACAUCAAUGGUGGAAAUGAUCUUAGAGAAGCAGUUAUUUGCAGCAGAGGAUCUGGAGAAACUAUUAGAGUGUUUUCUAUCUUUGAAUUCCUCUCAUUAUCAUAGAGUUAUCAUGGAGGUCUUUAAUGAAAUAUGGGAUACUCUGUUUUCUAACAGGUCUUGAUUGUUAGAAACCAAAAGUUGUAUUUACUUCUAUUGUUGCUCACUCUGCAAAUUCUGUCUAAUUGGGUUCUCUUUUUUUUCCAUUUUCACUUUUUUGAAUCCAAGAUCAAAGAUGAAUUUAUGCAGCUUGCCCAGCUUCUGCUUUUGUUUGGCUUUUGUGUUUUUUCUAGAGGGAGAUCUGCUUCAGUUUUAUCUGUUA